AGAAUGGUCUUGCAAUUGGAGUCUCUACUCACUGUCUCAGUGCUACAAAUAAUGUUGGAAGUAGCGGCAGUAGCUGCAACAACAACUCUAGCGGGGCGGGAAUGUGAAGCCAAAUGUGGAGACAUUGAAAUCCAAUACCCAUUUGGUAUUCGAGCCGAUUGUUCCAUGGACAGAUGGUUUGUGAUUGAUUGCAUUAAAACGGCCAACUCUAGUAAAGCUUUCAUAAGCAGCAUCAAGUUGGAGCUGAUAAAUAUCAACUAUGCACACAGCCGCUUGCUAGUUAAGGGUCCCGUAUUCUCCUACAAUUGUGCCCCUCCUAACACCGGCAAAGCUGUGAAUUUAAGACGGACAUCUUUCACCUUUUCUGCUAAAAAUAAAUUCACCAUUGUGGGCUGCAACAACCGCGCUUUUAUAUCCUCUUCUGAGCCAGACAGUAUAGGAUGCCGACCAAGCUGCGAAGUUAAUGUUAAACUUCCAGGGUGCACUGGCUACAGAUGCUGCCAAACCUUAAUCCCUUAUUUUCAACAGUUAUUUGCACCGGGCUUUCAAGAUCUGGAUGAUGAUCAGUGCAGGAUAGCCUUCAUAGUGGAAAAAAAAUGGUUCAAAGCUUACGAAACAGAUCCCUAUAAGGUGAAAGACUUGGAAUAUGUUCCAGUCCUUCUGGAUUGGAAAAUCAAUGCAACAGCCUUGGGAUCGCUUGUAAUUGAUGAGGAAUCCACCUACCGUGAUAUGAUUGAUUACUAUGACAAAUUCGAUUUCCCAUACCCCAACAACACAAUCUUAUUAUGUCGUGAAGGCUUCACAGGCAACCCUUAUCUACCGUUUGGAUGCCAAGAUGUUAAUGAAUGCGAUGAUCCAAGGGUGCGAAGUCGGUGUCAUGGAUUAUGCAAAAAUACACGCGGCUCUUAUACAUGCAUGCCCACUAUAUCUUGGAUUAUUAUUGUAGGUAUUAGUGUGGCCAUUGGAGCAUUGAUCCUCCUAAUUAGUACGUGGUGGUUAUAUAAAUUUAUUAAGAAAAGAAAACAGAUAAAGCGUGAAAGAAAAUUCUUCAAGCGGAAUGGUGGUUUGUUAUUGCGCCAACAACUCUGUUCAAGUGAAGGUAAUGUCGACAGGACCAAAUUAUUCAGUCGUAAGGAGUUGGACAAUGCGACUGAUCACUUUAAUGUGAACAGAAUUCUUGGUCAAGGUGGCCAAGGAGCUGUUUAUAAAGGAAUGUUGGUAGAUGGAAGAAUUGUUGCUGUUAAAAAGUCUAUGAAAAUAGACGAAGCAAAAGUCAAAGAAUUCAUUAAUGAGUGUGUCAUUUUGUCACAAAUUAAUCACAGAAAUGUAGUGAAACUACUUGGCUGUUGCUUAGAGACAGAGGUUCCUCUUCUUGUUUAUGAAUUCAUCCCUAAUGGAACCCUUUAUCAAUAUCUCCAUCAUCCAAAUGAGGAGUUUCAAUUAACAUGGGAUAUGCGCUUACAAAUUGCUGCUGAAGUUUCAGGGGCAAUUUCCUACCUGCACUCAGAGGUAUGUAUGCCAAUUUAUCACCGAGAUAUUAAGUCCACAAACAUACUGUUGGAUGAAAAGUAUAGAGCAAAAGUAUCAGAUUUUGGAGCUUCCAGGUGCAUCCAGAUUGAUAAAAGCCAUCUGACCACUCAUGUAAAGGGAACUUUUGGAUAUGUCGAUCCAGAGUACUUCCAAUCAAGCUUGCUCACUGAAAAGAGUGAUGUUUAUAGCUUUGGAGUAGUUCUUGUUGAGCUUUUGACUGGACAAAAACCAAUUUCUUCAGAAAGAGUAGAAGAAGGUGUUGGAUUAGCUGCACAUUUCAUUCUUUCAAUGGAGGAUGACAAACUCUUUGAUAUACUUGAUCCACGAAUUGUAGACCAAUGUGCUACAGAAGAAGUUAUUGCAGUUGCUAACCUUGCAAAAAGAUGCUUAAAUUUGCACGGCAGGUUACGACCCACUAUGAAAGAAGUGUCAAUUGAGUUGGAAGGGAUUCGAUUAUCUCAGAAGGACAUGACUAUUCCACAAAAUACAGCUAAUGAAAUUGAACCAAACACCCCUGAUGCUUCAUCUACUUCGACAAUCUCAAGAUCUGAGCGUCCUCAAGUUUCCUUAAACAUUGUUUGUUAAAAAAGAAAGGACAAUUUCAAAAAGAAGUGUGACCACAGACUCAUCGACUGAAGCUUUAAUAUUUAUA